GGAGGGGAACCCAGCCUCCUGCCCGCGGUCCUCCAGUCCUGCUCCUGCUCUGAAGGAUCCGUGGAGGAAGAGGAGGAGGAGGAGGAGCAGGAGGGGGGGAUUUGUCUUUCGCCUAAUCCCCCGUUCCUUUCCCCCCGCAUCGACGCGGUCUUCCCCCCGCAGACACUCGGCUUCCUCUCUCUGCAGCAACAGGUCACCGCCAGCGUCCGACCCUGCAGCGGAUCGUUACUCCGGUUCUCUCCUAACUUUUCCAUCGCGUGCAUUGAGGGGAUUUUUUUCUUUCUUUCUUUCUUCAUUACCCCCCCUGUGGGUUCAUGUGAUCUGCGGCGUGGCGGCUCGUCCUCCAGCCGGGGCGCACUGCGGAGCGGAGCGGGGGGAAGGACAGGACGGCAACAUGAACCCAAACUGCACAUCAGACAUUUCUGGCUGAUCGGGGAUUCCGGACAGACCCGCAAAAAGAGAGGAUCUCUCCCUCCCCCCCCCUACACCUCCCCGCAUGCAUAGAUGGUGCCAAACAAGUGGAGCAUGAAUUCAGUCCUGCACAAGUCUCCGCCGCGGAGCUGGCUGGGGCUCCGGUUACGACUCAAUGACAAGCCCGUCCAGGAGGACGACGGAGUGGCGUGCCAGCACCCCGACUGUCCCGACCGCAGGAGGGCCUCCAAGGUUUGCCACCACCCAGACUGCCAAGACUUGAAUAGCAAAAGCCCCCUUCACCUGUGUGAGUCAUGUGACUCACGCUGCCAUUCGGAGAACACAGACAACAUGCACUUUGACCGACACCCCCGAUUCGACUUGCAACCUCAAGCCUCCAUCCUGGCUCGGAACGUGUCCACGCGCUCCUGCCCCCCACGCACCAGCCCCCCCUCCGACCUGGAGGAAGAGGAUGAGGGGAGCAACGACCGCGGGGAGCGCAAAACGGUGGGGAUGAAGUUGGUGAAGAAGAAGCCGCGGAGACGACACACCGACGACCCCAGUAAAGAAUGCUUCAGCCUCAAGUUUGACCUCAACGUGGACAUCAACACAGAGAUCGUACCUGCUAUGAAAAAGAAAACACUGCGGGAAGUUUUGGGUCCGGUUUUUGAGAGGAACGGUAUCGAGUUGUCGCGGGUGGACUUGUUCCUGGACCAGUCCAACACUCCUCUGUCCCUUAACUUCGAGGCUUACCGCUUUGGAGGACACUACCUCAAAGUGAAAGCUCGACCGGGCGACGAGCUGAAGGUGGAGCAGGGUGUGAAGGACCUGCGGUCGCUCAGCCUGCCCAACAUGAAGCCCUCCGGAGUGCAGAGCCCCUACAUCCUCACGCCGGGCGGGGAGAAGGCGGAGCACGGCUCCCUGGGGCGGCGGGAGAGCAUCGACCUGCUGGGUCAGGCGCGGCGGAGGAAAAACAUGACGGAGUUCCUCGGGGAGACGAACAUCCCGACCCCGGACGCCCUGGGGCAGAUCGGCGGCUCCCUGUCCAGCAUCAGCAGCGCCGGAUCCGAGAGCUGGAAGAACCGCGCCGCCAUCCGCUUCAGCGGCUUCUUCAGCUCCAACGCCGGAGCCGGGCCCUUCGGCAAGGAGGUGGACCGUCUGGAGCAGCUCCAGAGCAAGCUCCACACCUACACGUCGUUCGGCCUGCCCAGGGUGCCGCGGCAGCUCUCCUUCCACCAGGACUCCUGGGAGGAGGAGGAGGAGGAGACCAACCUGACGAUGGAGGGCAGCUGGCAGACGCUGCUGGACGACUCAGAGACGCUGACCCGGCGGCAGGUGCACCAGCAGGAGGCGAUAUGGGAGCUGCUGCAAACCGAGGCCGCCUACAUCAAGAAACUGCGAGUCAUCACUGAUCUCUUCCUCUGCGGGCUCCUCAACCUGCAGGAGAGCGGCCUGCUGACCGAGGUGGAGCCCGCCAAGCUGUUCAGCAACGUGCAGGAGAUCGUCCGCCUCCACACGGUGCUGUGGAACCAGGUCAUGCUGCCCGUCCUGGACAAGGCCAGGCAGGCCCGGGCCCUGCUCGACCCCGCCGACCUGCAGGAGGGCUUCAGCACGUUUGGCUCCCGCUUCCAGCCGUACAUCCGUUACUGCAUGGAGGAGGAGGGCUGCAUGGAGUACAUGCGCACGCUUCUCAGGGACAACGAGCUCUUCAGGACCUACGUCACGUGGGCCGAGACGCACAAGCAGUGCAACCGCCUGAAGCUGGCCGACAUGCUGGCCAAGCCGCACCAGCGGCUGACCAAAUACCCCCUCCUGCUGAAGAGCGUGCUGAAGAAGACGGACAAGCCGUCGGCCCGCGACGCCGUCAGCAGCAUGGUGGUGGCGGUGGAGGGCUUCAUCAACAGCGUGGACUCCCAGAUGCGGCAGCGUCAGGAGCAGCAGAAGCUGACCACCAUCUCCGCCCGCAUUGACUCCUACGAGGCGGUGGAGGGCAGCAGCGAGGAAGUCGAGAAGAUCCUCAAGGAGUACAACCACUUCGACCUCAUGGCUCCCAUGAGGGGGAUUUCACCGGAGGAGACGCGGCAGCUGCACCUGGAGGGGGCUCUGAGGAUGAAAGAAGGGAAAGACAGCAGGAUGGAGGUGUAUUGUUUCCUGUUCACCGACCUGCUGCUCAUUACCAAACCGGUGAAGAGAGUGGAGAAAGUGAAAAUCAUCCGGCAGCCUCUGCUCAUUCACAACGUCAUCUGCAAGGAGCUGAAAGACCCCGGUUCAUUCAUUCUCAUCUACCUCAAUGAGUUCAAGAGCGCAGUGGCAGCCUACACUUUCCAAGCCAACAGCGCCACCCAGGGGCGAAGCUGGAUAGAUGCAAUCUGCAACGUCCAGAACCAGCUGCAGAGGCUUCGGAGCGAGGAGGUGGUCCGGCAGCAGAAGAGUCUGAAGAGAUGCACGGGGGGCGAGGAGGAGGAGGAGGAGGAAGACGAGAGCAGCAACUCCACCACCAGCUCGCCGCUGCUGAGGCACAAGGACCAACAGAAUUCCAGCCUGUCGGACGGUUCCACGGAGACGCUCUCAGUGAUGGACAUCGACGAGCCGGCGGACCACCAGGACCCUCCGGCCGCCAACAUGAACCUCACUGGAUCUUCCACGAAAGACUCUGAGGCGGCGCCGCCGUCGAACCCCCGCAGGGUCCACUCCGUCGUCUUCUCCGAGCACGAUCACGAGGAGGCGGCGCUGGACCCCCAGUGCCGCUCCCUCUCCAUGGACAGCGCCUACGGGACCCUCUCCCCCGAGUCCCUCCUCAGGGAGCUGCAGCCGCCGCCCGGCCAGAGCGAGGGCGAGGAGACGGAGGAGGAGGAGGGCGACAGGGAGGGUCCGGAGGCAGAUCACGAACAGGCGGACAUCGAGGAGGAGGAAGAGGAGGAGGAGGAGGAAGAGGAGGAGGAGGAUGCGUCGCUGGGGUCCCAGCUGUCGGUGGUCCCGUCCUCCUCCAAGCCUCGCCGCUGGCCCCACGUUCAGUCCCGGAGCCCCCGCCUGCAGCGGCAGUCCUCGCUGACCUUGUCCCGCUCCGAAGACAACCUGCUGCAGCGGGUCCACACCGACGCGCCCGCCUCCCACACGCACUCUCUCAGCUCCGAGGGCCAGGAGCACCCGCGGCGCGCCGACAGGGACGCGGCGGCGCUGGCGCACAGCAGGAGCCUGUCGGAGCUGGACCAGGACCCGGCGGACCCCUUCUCCGACGGCCCGGACCGGCCCGACGACCAGGGCCCCGUCGACCUGGUCGGCGACAAACUCAGCGCCACCCUGAGGAGGGCGGAGGCCCUGCACCGGCGGGAGUCGGCCGCCUGCGAGGGCGUCAGGUCUUCCAGCAACAGCUCCGACGGCGAGACGGCCGCCUGCCUGGACAAGGCCAGCCAGUCGGCGGAAGCGUCGCCCAAAAGGAGGAAGUCUCCAAACCAGCAGCACAAGAAGCUGACGCUCGCGCAGCUGCACAGGAUACGCACCACUCUCGUCCUCAACUCCACGCUGACGGCGUCGGAGGUAUAACCACUCUUCCAAACGGCGAACCGGUAUUACCCGGACAAUAAUGAACAACACUUGGACUACGUUUCUUACGACAUGAAUGCACUCUCUCUCUGACUGCCUUCUCCCUUCCGGAUUAAUUUUUUUUUUUUUUUCGUUUUUUUUCCGGGGGGACAUUGACUGUACCAUUUUUUUUGCAUUCUGAAAAAUAACAAAUCCCCCUUUUUUUUUUUUUGUUUUUGUUUAGUUUGUUUUAUUUCUAUUUGCUGUUCCAUUUUGAUUUCUGGAUUUCUUCAGUGGAAGGGAGAGGCAGCGAGACACUAACUGCUUGCACUUUGCAACAGAAGUAGCAUUAACAGAGGGGCUGGGACCUCGAGGUGGACUUGGGGGGGAUGGAGGACCUGCGUGCCCCCCCCCCCCCCUCCCUACAGGAGGAGCUGAGAGUGGACGUCCAGGCCUGAAAACCUCUAAAGGAGCCGAACCUCGCACCUCUCCCGAGUGGAAGAGCGGCAAACUUGAAAAGGCUCUCUCUCCACGUGACUCUGAGAGAAGCGCAGCACCGAGGCGGACCUCCCGACACUUGUACUACUCCUGGUUUGCUUCAAGAAAAAGAAAUUGCACAGUUAUCUUUGUUAAAGUAGAAGAAUCACUAAAGAGUGAAUUUACAUUUACAGUCACACAGUGAAUUUGUGUUCGUGUGUAUGCGUGCGUGCGUGCGUGCGUGUGUGUGUUUGUGUGCAUGUGUGUGCGAAUGCUUCCUGACUGAACCAAAUCUGGUCUCCGUCUUGAGCCGCCGUGCUAACGCCACCCAGAGACGGGGGACCCGUGUAGCCCAAAGACAAAGUGGUCCAACGCAUCCAAUCGCAGCCGGAUAGGAUUUCCCUCCUUAGUGUCCAUCUUUGGAUUGGUAUGUUCAAAUAAUACGAUGCUUCCUUUGAUAAAAGAAAAAAGAAAAAUGAAUCUGGGUGACUUGUAGGAUUGCUUGAGGCAUCGACGUAUGAAAAACCACACAGAAAACCUGAGAGUAAAAAGGGGGAAAUAAGGAUAUUUACCUGUUUUUUUGUUAGUUUUGGCAACUUUAACAAGAGGUUAAAAAGAGGUUUGGGGUGGAUUUUCUUUAACGAGUGAAUCUGCAGAGCUUUAGUUGAAGGGUUUCUGUCUGGGAAAAUUAAAAAAGAAAAUUAACAUUUCAGAUGAGUCAUUAUUAACCUUUACUCCAAGCAUCGCCCCCAAACCAAAUAGGUUAACUCUGUUUACUUUUAGUUUAUUUUCUGUUUAUGUGUAAUAUUUAUUAUGCCUGCUAUGUUUUAUAUAUAAGAUAUUGUUUAUAUUGUUUGCUUCCAUGAUUUGUACAUUUUUUUUUGAUGUAGUCUUAAUAAUUUCUUGUUGUUUUCUUUUUUUUCCCCCUUUGUGAAACAUUAAUGUGCUAUGAACCAAAAUCAUGUGUUCCCUCUUUCAGGAAUGACUUUAAAGUGUCUUACAUGAAUAAAAAAAAAAAAAAAAAGAAAAAAGCUAAAAUAAUUUACAAUCCUUUUUUUGUAUGGUUUAAU